AUGCGUCUAUUUUCACAUGUGUCGGGCAUACCUGCCUUAAUUACCUGCUCUGCUCUAUUUGUGAUAAGCUGCGACGUCACAACGCGACGCUGCCCGCGCUCCAUGCACGUGUACUCGGUUCUGCCGUUGUGGGACAACUUGACAAUGGAGCUGACAACAAUGUUCUCGAUUAUUUUGUUGUUUUCGUUGAACACCUCUGCGUACUGUCAUGAAUCUGCAUACGAAAAAUAUGGACGUGAAAUCAAUGAGAGGGCAGCACGCGAGCCUGAGUUGGAGAAGUCAGAUCCACAGCUUGAUCAUGUGCACAGUUCUAAUGGAUGCCCGCAUUCUCAUUCCCACGGUGUAUCGCAUGGGCACAACUAUGAAGAAUUUGCACCCGAACGUAGCGAAAACUACAGAAGCUCGCAUGGGGAUAACGGGCAUAAUCAUAAUCAUAACGGACAAGAACCGAAGCACAUGCAUAGCCACAUACAUUCUGCACAGAGGAGUGCUCCUAAUCCUCAUCUCUGGACGUAUGCAGUUGGUGCCACUUUGCUUAUCAGUGUAGCACCUUGCUUUCUUCUUUAUUUCGUUCCUAUACAGGACAACUCAUCUUCAAACAAAAACUGGCUUAAAGUUUUACUUGCAUUUGGUUCUGGAGGCCUUCUUGGGGAUGCAUUUUUGCAUUUAAUUCCACAUGCUAUGCCUGCUCUAUCGCACUCUCACUUACAUUCACAUGCUCAUGAAGGGGCACAUAGCCACUCACACGGCCAUACGCACAUUGGCGGAUGGGUGCUCGGUGGUAUUAUCGCAUUCUUAAUGGUUGAAAAAGUAGUACGAAUCAUACGGGGAGAGAAUGGUCAUGGUCACAGUCAUGGACCAACUCAUCAGAAAAAGGCUAAAGAUUCCGAUGAUGAGUGGGAUGAUUCAAGGAAACCAACACAGUGUUUCGAGGGAGAUCUUAAGUCGUUAGAAAAGGAGCACCAGCCCAAGAUGAUCAAGGUAGCUGCUUAUCUCAAUCUUGUGGCGGAUUUUGCACACAACUUUACAGACGGCUUAGCCAUUGGUGCUUCAUUUGUAGCAGGAACCACCAUCGGUUUUGUGACGAUGCUCACCGUUCUUGUUCACGAAGUUCCACAUGAAAUCGGAGAUUUCGCCAUAUUGGUACAGUCUGGUUAUUCAAAGCGAAAGGCUCUUGGCCAGUCCGCAAAGUACAAUCUAUACACGGCAACGUCCGCACAUCCAUGUAUUGUCAUUCCUAUACUCACAAGGAAAUUCGAUCCUGGACAAAAAUACUAG